AUGGGGAAGAUUAUUUUCUACGAGGACAAGAACUUCUCUGGGCGACAUUUUGAGUGCAACUAUGACUGUACAGAUCUGAUGUGCCUCCUGAAGCACUGCAACUCCAUCCGGGUGGAGAGCGGCUGCUUCAUGAUCUACGACCAAUCCAACUACAGUGGGAACCAGUACUGCCUGAGGAGAGGGGAGUACCCGGACUGUCACCACUGGAUGGGCGUCAGAGACUGUGUCUGCUCCUGUCGCCUCAUCCCCAUGGAGCCCGGCUCGUUCAGCAUGCGCCUGUACCAGCGCACCGAGUUCGGAGGUCAGGUGAUGGACCUGGCGGACGACUGUCCCAGCGUCGAGGAACGCUUCCACAGGAACGACAUCUUCUCCUGCAACGUUAGCAAAGGAAACUGGCUCUUCUACGAGCACCCAGACUUCCGGGGCAGGAUGUACCUGAUAAGGCCUGGAGAGUACAAGAGGUUCAGCGAGUGGGGCGGCAGGAACGCCAGGGUCGGCUCCAUCAGACGCAUCCUGGAAUAUUGA